CUUCCUGCUUCUGUUCACUCUUUUAGGGAGAAACUAAGCCCGGUGUUGAACGUGUAUGUUAAGUUCUUGUGUUUGAUACAUAAAUAUUAUUAAAACUAUUAAUCAGUUGUCUACGAUCGCCUUCAGUACUGGGAGUAUGUUGAAGUGUACAACAAAUACCCUGUUCGGUCAGAUCUGCUAAAAACACUCAAACAGCACUCAAAAUGGAAUUCCAGAAGCUGCUCUUAAAUGUAGAGAAGGCCCUUUCUAGAGACGAGGUAAAAGCUUUAGCGUAUCUUUGCACUGACCUCCUGGGCCGAAACCCGACCACAGUGGAGUUGGCCAGUGACCUAUUCAGUCGUCUGACCAAACAAGACCACCUCUCUGCUGAGCAACCACAACUUGUGAACGAGCUUCUCCUCAUUAUCCAACGCAACCGUCUGAUCCGAGACCUCAGGCUGAACGACAGAGAUUUUCCAACCAGCAACCUCAUCUCUCCUUACAGAAAGCUGCUUUACAACCUGUCUGAGGGGAUUACUGAUGAAGACUUGACAAGUGUGAAGUUCUUGUUAACCGGAAAGCUUCCACGUAAAAAACUGGAGGGACAUGUUUCUACACUGGAGGUUCUCCUGGCGAUGGAGCACAUGGACCUCAUCAAUGACACUAACCUAAAUUUACUGGAGACCAUUAUCGACUCAGUCUGUCCCAUGUUGAAAGAGAAGAUCAACCACUUUAAAGCACUGCAGGUCACUAACAUCAGCCCUGUAGCUGAGGAAACAGGUUGGCGAAGAUCAGUGUCGUACCAAAGUGAUCAAAACCAGGUCCCUCAAUCUUUAGAUCUUGAGAGCAGUGGCUUAUGUGAACAACCAGGAAUAUUCCUAUCUAGGGUUGAGUCUACCAUGAAUACUACACACACCUCUAUGGAUUUACCAGUGGAGUUUCAAGUUGGACAAAAAUGUGAGGUCCUGCCAUUUAAGGUUCUGCCUGGACUGAGUGAUUUGAAAAUUGAGACAAUUAGCUGUUCCUCCAUGAAAGAGAACAUGGCUUCCUCUAAAAUGAAAACUUCUCUGACUACAAACGCAGACAUUGAGGUUUUGGGAACAUAUUCCAUGACUGCAGCAAAAAGAGGAAUCUGCUUGAUAGUGAACAACUACAACUUUGCUGGAGGUUUGAAGACACGGGAGGGCACCAAUGUUGAUGCAGAGUGUCUGUGCAAAGUGUUUGGAUGGCUCAGCUUUGAGACAGUGAUGGAGAAGGACUGUGACGGGGAUAAGAUUCUGUCUGUGUUGCAGGAGCUCGGCAGCAGGAACCACAGUGAGAUGGAUUGUAUGGUUUGCUGCAUCCUCAGCCACGGCAAGGAGGGCUGUGUGUACGGUGUAGACGGCAAUCCUGUCGAGAUUAAGAAACUGAUGGAACGUGUCAAUGGAUCAUAUUGUGCAACUUUGGCAGGAAAACCCAAGCUCUUUUUCAUCCAAGCCUGCCAGGGCACCAAUGAGCAAAAGGCUGUUUACAUCGAGGCUGAUGGUCUUGCAGAAAGUCCAGUUUUCAGCGAUGCUCAUAAAGCCAGUGAUUCCAUCCCAGCAGAUGCAGAUUUCCUGCUGGGAAUGUCAAGCGUUCCUUCUUAUGUCUCUUACAGAGAGAGGAAAAAUGGAACAUGGUAUAUUCAGUCAUUGUGCGAAAACCUCGUCCAGCUGGUGCCAAAGGGCUUUGACCUUGUGUCUAUCCUGACCAAAGUGAAUGCAGAUGUUAGCAAGAAGACAGAUAACUUUGGUGAAAAGAAGCAGAUGCCUCAACUAGCCUUCUCGAUCAGGAAGAAAAUCGUCCUUCCAAACCCGAAGGAACCUCCUCCCAGCCUGUGACCAUGAAUACAACAAUCUGCUGUCAGAUGAUCCCUGAGACACAAGUGUUUUACAUUGACUAUUUACAAUUAUUUAAAUCUGCUGGAUUUAUUGUUAUAAAGCAGUACCUAAAUGUGUUUUCAACAGUCUUUUAAAGAUAUUUUUUUUUUUGGGGGGGGUUACCUUUAAUCAGAUAGGACAGUGGAGAGUGACAGGAAAGUGGGAAAGAGAGUCGGGGUGGGAUCCGGAAAGGACCACGGGUCGGGAAUCGAACCCAGGUCGCCGGCGUACGGUGCAGGUGCCCCAGCCAGUUGCGCCACGGCCGGGGCCUUUCAACAGUCUUUUAACAACAACACCUGAGACAGCAUAGAGAAUAUUAAAGGAAGUUGUGAAGAACCGUAGAAUACAGCUGACGAAAUAGAUACAUUUACAAUUAUUUUUGUAUAUGUACAUUCUGGUAUGAUGACAAAGUAUACACACAAGUUUUACAUUAUAUAUGUGCAGUGUAAAAAAUAAAUUGUUUGAGCUAAUCAUGCAGAUAGACAAAAUAAUGUAUGCAACAUCCAGCUCUUUAAGUUAAAUAAAUAUUGCAGGAUUAAUAAAAGGCAUUAUAAGAUAUCCCUGGUACAAUCACCGUACACUAGAUGAUCUCCCAAAUGUUAUUUUUCAAUUUUUGCUAUUGUCACUAAAUACAACUUUAUAUAUACUUAAUUAAAUCAAUGGAAGUACAGUACAUCUUUUGGUAUUCUAACAGAGAAAUAUAUGUGAAAAUAGUUCUUAAUUCCUGUUCAUUCUGAUUGUUUAUAUGCACUUAAUUGAACUAAACUAAACAAACAAA